UGAAUAGAAGUUGUGUGAGAUGGUUGAAGGAGAUGUUUUCUAAAGCUAUAUCCAGGAAUCAACAAGAUAUUUUCUUUAGAGAGUUCAGGAGGGAUGAAUAUUGUAUGUGGAUGGAAUUGGAAAAUAGCAGGUUUGGGGAGUUUGCUAGGAUUACACAAAUGAUGAAUAAUGGUAAAAGGAAGGGUUUGAUUAUUCCCCAAGGCUCCCAAGGCAUUGGAUGGAAAGGGUUUAGAGGAUUAAUGGAGGAUGCUCGUUCAAGUGGAAGGAAUACUAUGAUACAAGAAGAAGAAAAUCAAAGUCUGAUGGUGGUAUCAAAAUGUAGAGUCACAGAGCAAGGAAAUGGGGCAUGGGCUGAGAUGCAUAAGGAAAAUACUCCUGCAAAUGUUAACGGGGAUGAAAAUACGCUUAAAGAAAAGGUUAAAUGGAGGUGUGUUGUGGUAUGUGUUAAAGCAAGUUCGUUUGUGUACUCCCAGGCAUGCUUAGUACAGGCAUUAAAAAUAAAGAUUCAUCUACAGCCUUUCCAAGUAGACAAAGACAUUUUUUUUUCUACGAAUGUUGAAGAAAACAAGAAUGUUCAGUUGAAAGGAGAAAGGAUUUGUGAGAUCCUGGUAUCCCACAUCGGUUACGGAGGGGGGAGUUGCUGGGCUUGUAAGUAA